AUGUCCGUGUCAUGGAGCAAGCUCAACCCGAGCCAACCAGCGAAGAAGAGAAUACCCGUGCUUCAGUAUUUUCCCACCUUGCAGAAAACAGAGUCUUACGGUAGCUUUAAGGGAAGAGUAGCCCUCGAGGGGAGGGCAUCUUUGAAAAUAGAGCGCACGACGAGAAGAGAUGGCGGAACAUACGUGCUGGGGAUCGUGGGAGAGGGAUUCCCCAUUGAGGAAGGAUUCAUUGAGAUGAAUGUUUUAGUCCCACCAAAAGUUGAAGUCGGUCCCACCAAGCCCUACGUCACAGCCGAAGGUCGGUCAGCGUCUCUGACAUGCGCAGUGAGGGACGCUAGUCCCAACGUGACGUCACUCCGCUGGGAGAAAGAUGGCACCGCGAUCGACACCCUCAGAUUCGACUCCAAAUAUUCGGACGGGACACUGCAGUCACCUGACCUGCUGAUACAUCACGUGACCAGGAGCGAUGCAGGACGGUAUCGCUGCGUGGCAGGUCACGUGGUCAAGUCUGUGGGUGACAGUCUCACACUGGAGGUCCGAUAUCCCGCAACGAUUGUCAGUGUGUCCGACUCACUCACCGUGGCCGUGUCAGAUAACGCCGUGUUACAGUGCGUCGCGGAGGGACACCCUCCCCCGAACGUCACGUGGUCCAGAAACGGAGUGCGCCUGCGCGGUACGACCAAGAGGCUGUCCCGUGGCGUGUGCACGAGCUCCCUGGUGCUGCAGAAAGUUCGGCUGAACGCCACGGGAACAUACGUGUGCACCGCGUCAAACAACGUGGGGAAGGACGAUAUCAAGUCUGUCAUGCUCUCUAUCAGAGUUGCCCGUACGGGAGGUGAGGGGGUGGACGUGUUGAUCCUGGUCGGCGCCAUCGCGGGCGGGAUGUGGCUGGUCAUCUGUCUGGCGCUGGCCGUGUACUUCGUGCGGCGGCGGAGACAGCGGCAGGAGAAGAAGCGCUUCUCGUUCUACUACAACAUGGGGCGGGGGCAGGGCGACAAGAGCGGGGACAGGCCCGGGGAGGAGACUCUGGAGGUCACCCGGCACCCCAACCUUAAGCCGCCCGUGAAGCCGCGUUCUCCCAGUGCACCGUACGGCGGCAUAGAGACCAUCAGACGGACAUCUAACAAAGGGAAGGUGAGGAGAUAUGCCCGCGCCCUGUACUGCUACCGCCCGGCAGAGGAGAACGAACUGGCUCUGGAGGUAGAUGACGUCAUCGAGGUGCUGGAGGGGGAAGAUGGCGGCUGGUGCCUGGGUUACCUGAGGGGCAGGAUAGGCCUGUUCCCCUCCAACUACGUCAAGUUCCUGUCCGCGUCACAAGUGUCAGCCGCCAAGCUAAGGGAAAUAUACGAGCCUGUCGAAUCCAAAUCCUCGUCAUCCAAGGCCAGUCUGUGAAGAGAAUUUACGACAGUGAUAUAACACGACACAAGGCCCGAUUUACCACAGAUACAGUUUUGUGGCAGAAAAGAAGACAAGGAAUUCGAAGGACCGGGGCACAAACAUGAAAUGUCUUCAUUGGUACUAUGUCCUGCUUCGAUGACUGCUUGUGUUAGUGAAUAAUGUACAGGGAAUUAACGUAUGUACGGACGUCCCAAAGCAACUAGAUAUCCCCAUGUGUAUAUGUAUCUUGAAACAUGGACGAAGACGUUUGCUGUAUAAUUUUGUUAUUCUAUAUACGCCCCAUCUACCACAAUAACGCUUCUUUAGCAUGUGCUAGAGCCAUAAGACCCCGGAAUCUGUAAAUAUGAUAUGGAGUCAUCUUCACAGAGAAACAAAUUCCGUUGCUGUUAUCGCUACUGUAUUAGCAGGCGACAUGUAUUUUCUCAAAGUUUAGGUAUAAACUGAAACCCAAAUAAAUUUAUAGUUGUCAUCGUAGUCGUAGUGAAAAUAUUGCGUAGGGUAACGGUCUUCGGUAUUUGUCAACAAAGUGUGCCCUGUUUCAAAUAACUUGUACAUAUCAGGUAUUUCUUGUUAAUAUGAGCCCAUGCGGACGAUUAGAGUAUUACAGGGUGAUUACUGUUAUAUUGAAGACCUUCCUGUGAUAUAUUUAAGAUAUCAAAGGUACCGAGUACCUGAUCGUAAACAAUGUAGUUCCAAGGAAUAGGCGACCUAGACGACCACUGACACUGGUAGAUCUGAAAAUUAAUUCUAUAGUUUAAAGGUGUAGAUAUGUGAUGAGGAAUCGCCCAUGCCAUUCUGACUUUGGAGUCAGUG